AUGGCAGGAUUACUCACAGCCAACAGUGUAAUUGUGUCAAACUCUAUCUCGGGAUCCACGGACCAUCUCUCCGUGUGGUUAUACGACAAAAAUGAAAAGUUGGUCUUGACAGUCGAUCCUGGCCAAGUCUCACAUGCAGUGUCGUUCGUGGCACACUCCGUUCGCUUCCUUGCGUUUAACGGCAAGGACUGGUUCUUUCCCCGAAACAUGACUCUCAAUCCUGGCGACGUCAUUGUCUUCACUCCUGUUAGUUCCGGAACGAAGAACGUAACUGUUUUCGCUCACGGCGUCCAGAAAGACAGCUUCACUCUCAAGAGCAGUCUGUCCUCCACCAUGAGCAAGACAGACGAAGUGGCCAUGGCCGCCCAUACCGACCCUUAUUUGCACAAGGUUUUUACUUUGGCCAAGCUCCAUGUGCUGAUGGGCAGCAAUCGAGAUGAUUUCAACGCCGAUUUGAAGGCGAGAGCCUUAAUAGAUACGACUCCAACCAAGAAACUCACUCGGGAACAGUUUGACCUGGUCAAUAAGGCAAAUAGUACUGUGCGCCUUGAGGGUACAGCUAGCGACGAGAGCGAUCAAGACAUCUAUGAUGAAACAGCCAUGCUCUGUACGGCUGUGAAUACACGACUAGCCGCAAUCGCAAAUGCUGCUCAUCCUGAGCAGUGGGACAUCAGCGUCCCAGAGAACCAGAUCAAGAUGACAAACGCCGCAGCGAAUGGGCUAUUCAAUUGGUACUAUUCUCACAUGGGGCAGUUUCUCACCUCAAUCAACAUGACUACGUCCCAGGUCAAGAACAACUAUAACACCACCACGAUAAAGCUGAAUGCCUUGGUCGACUUAUUCAAGUCCCUUUCUUUACCGGGUGAUAAGCUGCAGGAGCUGAGUGGCGCAGUGGAUUCCUUCGUAGAGAGCAUGAGCACUUUGUCGUCUGAGAGCACAGACAAGGGUUUGAAGAACGCAAAGCUAACUAACUUCUUCAGCAUCCAACCACCCGUUGGAAGCCCGACGCUGGCCAAAGUUUCAAAGAUGAGGAUGUUCUACCUCCAGUUCAACGAGGCUACGCAUGAAUGGAGCAACAGCUGCUCUAGCGGUACCACGUACGAACUGGACACCGAUGUGUUCCAACUCGAUGUUGAGAUCAACAGGCAAAUCUGCCACCUGACAUAUGACCAUAACAGAGAUAUGGUUGUGGCAAAUGCCGAUGCGGCUCUGGAUGACAUGGGGGCUGCUGGUGUUGAUGAGACAGUUCCAGCCGUGAAGACAGAUGGCCCAAGCCCUAUAGGACCAGCACCUGUUAGCUAG